AUGGGCGGCUUCGCCAUCCACCCAGCCCCUGGACGCCCCAGCGACAGCCUGCCGCCGUCCGCCGCCGGCACCGGGACGACGUCGUCCUCCUCCGCCUCCGCCUCCGCUUCCUCCCUCGACGAUGGCGUUCGCGGCCACCGCACGCCGGGGCACACGCUGGAGGAGCCGCCGUCGCGGCGGCACCGGGCGGGGGGCCGCCACCCCGGCGCGUCGUCCCGCCCGGCCCGGCUGCUCCAGAGGCUGCGGCACGCGCUGCCCCUCCUGACGCUGACGCCGCGCUGCGGGCGGAUGCAGCAGGUCGGCACGCCGUCCGAGAUCGCGGCCGCGUCGUCCUCGGCUUCCUCCUGCUCGUCGUCCGCGCCCGCGCCCAAGGGCGGCGUGUCCUUCACGGGCGCCGCGCGGCCCUGCCGCCGCGUGACGGGGACUCUCUACGGCCACCGCAGGGGCCGCGUCGUGCUGGCGCUGCAGGAGACGCCGCGCUGCCUGCCGAGCCUCGUCGUCGAGCUGGCGCUCCAGACGCACGCGCUGCUCCGCGAGCUCGGCAACCCGGCCGGCGCGCGCAUCGUCCUCGAGACCGAGCGCCGCGCGGUCUCGCUCUCGGCCGGCGCAAAGCACGGCGGAGGAGGCCGCGCGCCGCCGCUGCUGGACGAGCCGUCGUGGACCAUGUUCUGCAACGGCAAGAAGACCGGGUACGCGGUGCGGCGCGAGGCCAAUGACGACGACCUCACGGUGAUGGAGACGCUGCGGGCGGUCUCCAUGGGCGCCGGCGUGCUCCCGAGGACGAGGGCCGCCUCGCUGGCGGCGACCGACGCGGCGGUGGCAGCGGACGACGAGGUGCCGUACAUGCGCGGCUGCUUCGACCACUUCAUCGGGUCCCGGGACUCGGAGUCGCUGUACAUGAUCGCGCCGCAGGGCGGCGGCACGGGCCCCGAGCUCGCCGUCUUCUUCGUCAGGCUCUGA